UCAUUAAAUAAGUCAUUAUAUUCUAUUAUGUCAAUGCAACCAGGAAACAAUCCUGCAAAAUACACACAAUUUACUUCUGCAUCAUUUUUCCUUAUUAGAAAACAUCCCAGUCUGUAUCAUAAUGGUAGAAUUCAUAAAUAAAAUUCAAAAACAAAAUGGAUGGACAGUUCUGGCAAUAUUUUUGGUGUUGGUGUUUGUUCUUGCUGACUGUCUUUCACCAGUCUGUAAAAGAUUGGCCUGUGAAGGAAACAAUGUUACAACAAAACUUGAAUGUCCAGAGAAUCAGAAGAUUCAAAUUAAAAGAGUAAAGAACAUUGCUGAAAGAACAUGCAAAGGAGUUAAAAUAUGUGAAAGUCAGAUACAAUAUCCGAAUAAAACAAAAGUACUAUGCAAUGAUUGCACUAAGUGUACAUUUCAAAACAUGAUUUCUGAAGAUGGCCAAGGUGAACGCUGCAAGACAUAUGAUGAAGAUGGAAAUAUGAUCUGGCAUAAAACAACAUCUCAAGAGGUCUGUUACAGCUGUUAUCAAGUUAAAAGGAAUAAUAACCAUUUGAAAACAGAUACACCACUUAAACCUACAAGCAGUAGUUCCCCGAAAGAAACCAACAGUGCAGGAGUAGUACCUACAAUCUGUACACAGCAACAUGCAUGUACAAUACACAUCAUUAUUCAUGUGUGUACUGCAAUUACCAUAAUAAUUCAAGGAAUAGUCAUAGUGUACUAUAGGAUUAAGCAUAAUCGUAACAAUACAAUGGGGAUUGCAGUUCCAACCUAGGAGCAAAGUACAAAUGGCAAAUAGCUGUAAUUUUCCUUUUUAACAACGCCUAAAUAUUCUUUAAAUUUAUAAUGAUCCUUCACUUAUACAAAUAGACUUUGAACAUAGACCUUCUUGUCUGUAAUGAUUAAAGCUUGUGUUUGAGUCUCUCCUACAUCAGGGACACUUGGGUAUAGCCAGAAUGGAAGCCCUAGUAUGUUCAUUGGUAGUAAAGCAUUGACAAGGAUCUGGAAUCAUUCACUAAAUCGUGUCAUGGUUGCUCUGAACAUGUAAGAAUGACUCAUCUCAUCAAUGGGAAUGGCCAGAAUCAACAUGGAAGCAGAUUCGUGUUGAUUAUGUUAGAUUGAUGUUUGGGAGUAUGCCCUGAUAGUUGUGGAUUCAUAUUCAAAGUGACCUGAAAUGCUCAGUUCAAAAUCUGCAUGCAAGAAGUAUGAAAGGGCAAUAAUCAGCAGAAUCUAUAUAAACAGAAUCUAUAGAAUACUUCACACAAUUUCAAGUACACUUUUAUAGUAUAUCACAAAUCAUUGUAAAUA